AAAUGCUCACGUGUUUUGUGGGUCACAUAAACAGUUUUCUACACGGAGCUACAUGUGCGGUUCGUGGUAUUUAUGUAUUUUAAAUAGGGGGGAAUUCUCAGCGGGGGGUUUGCGUAUGUAGAUUGUUUUAAACCCUUUGCGGAUGCCACCGUUAGCUUGUUCGCUACGUGUCUGUCGCUAUUUUCCGAAAGAAGGGUAACGGCCGGUUGAGUUCACGUGUCCGCGUCAAGUUACGUUUUAGAGAUGAAGGGGAAAUUUAAGAAGAACAGCAAAAAGAAGAAGAAGACGAACGUUGUGUUGCACAAGUACAUGGUGGCAGUUGAUGAUUUUUUAAAGAGCAAAAGUGUCACUGAAGAAGAGGAAUCUGUCCAAGGCUUGAGGGUUGUAAAACAGAAGAGCAGAAAAGAGCUUCGCAAAGAAACCCGAAAAAAUAAAAAAGCCAGAAUGAAAUGUUACUAUGAGGGUAAAAAAAAAAUCGACGGUGAAAACUCUGAAAUAGUAGUUGAUAAUCCACAGCAGCAGAAGAAGAAGAAAGGGGCGAAAGCGAAGAAAGAAGUGUCAAAGUCCUCCAGUUCUGUUCCAGACAAACCAGACGGCUCUGAAGCACCAUCGUCUUCCAAGAAAAGCAAGAAACUCAGCAAACUUCAACAAUCAAGGAAAAGGGCACUCCUGGAGGCAAAUGAAGAGGAAGACCGGGAAAUAAAGAGAUUAGAGCGACGCCUGGGAUUAAACAAGAGGAAAAACAAGAAGACCCUCCCUCAGUCGUUCUCGGUUGAUGGACUCGAUUACAUCCUCGGUGUGCUGGACUCCGGCUCAUCGGCCGCGGCCUUGUAUGACGAAGAUGAUGGCGAUGAAGACAUGGAGAAGGCCGUGGACAACUUUGAAAAACUCGAUGAGAACAACCCCGAACUGUCCGAUGAGGACGGGAAACCUGCAGAUGAGAUGGCGAGUGAAGGCAGUGAUGAAGAGAUGGCUUCAUUUGAUGACGAAGAUGAGGUUGAUGGGAACGACGACGACGACGGUGAGGAUGACGAGGAUGCUGACGAUGAAACUGUUGAGGAAAAGGAAGUGGACGCUGAGCCGGAUGAGAGUGAUGCCGCUGACUCCGGCAAUGAAAACGAUGGUGAAAAAGAGGAAGAAGCUGACGCUGAAGACACGGCGACGUCGGGCUUGAACUCUGAAACGGACACUCGUUCUAAUGUCCAGGUCAACGCUGCAGCGGGCAAGUAUGUGCCGCCUCACUUAAGAGGCGCCGGAGAUGAAAAACGCAAAGCUGAGCUGGAAAAGCUGAAGAGGACCGUGAAAGGCUUGAUGAACAGGCUGACUGAGCCCAACAUGGCGUCCAUCAGUGGCCAGCUGGAGGAGCUGUACAUGAGCUGCAGCCGGAAGGACAUGAAUGACACCCUGACAGAGGUGCUGCUAGCAGCCUGCGUCACCCCGUCCCUGAUGCCCGACCGGCUUCUGAUGGAGCACGUCCUGCUCGUCAGCAUCGUCCAUCACGCCAUCGGAAUCGAGGUUGGAGCUAAUUUCCUCGAGUCUGUUGUGCGAAAGUUCGACGAAGUGUACAACAACCCGACCGAAGGCAAAGAAUGCGACAACCUGGUCGCUAUUGUGGGUCACCUCUAUAACUUCCAGGUGGUGCAUUCUGUCCUCAUCGUUGACAUCCUCAAACGUUUUGUCGGAGCCUUCACGGAGAAGGACAUCGAACUGGUGCUGUUGGUGCUGCGGAAUGUCGGCUUCUCCCUGAGGAAGGACGACGCUCUGGCUCUCAAGGAGCUCAUCUCGGAGGGCCAGCGCAAGGCCCGCGACCUGGGCUCCACGUUUCAGGACCAGACCAGGGUGCGUUUCAUGCUGGAGACCAUGCUGGCUUUGAAGAACAACGACAUGCGGAAAAUCCCCGGCUACGAUCCGGAGCCCAUGGAGAGACUGAAGAAGCUGCAGAGGACUCUGAUCCAGCGGCGGGCCGGAGGCAGCGACAUGAAACUGCGGGUGUCUCUGGACAAUCUCCUGGCUGCAGAGCACGUGGGCCGCUGGUGGAUCGUCGGCUCCUCGUGGAGCGGCGCCCCCAUGAACGCCGAGCAAGGCAACGCGGCCUCGACAGGCAGCGAUGCUGGAGGGCAGUUUAGCGCCAAAGUCUUGGAUCUGGCUCGGAAACAGAGGAUGAACACUGAUGUCAGAAGAAACAUCUUCUGUGUGAUAAUGACCAGCGAGGAUUACUUGGAUGCAUUCGAGAAGCUGAUCAGGAUGGGCCUGAAGGACAAGCAGGAGAGGGAGAUUGUCCACGUGCUGAUGGACUGCUGUCUGCAGGAGAAAACCUUCAACGCCUACUACGCUGUCCUGGGAGAGAAGUUCUGCUCCCACGAUCGCCGCUUCCAGAUGACUUUCCAGUUCAGCCUGUGGGACAAGUUCAGGGAGCUGGCCAACCUCCCCAGCAGCACCAUGAACAACUUGAUUCAGCUAGUAACCCUCUUCCUUCAGAGGAAGUGCCUUUCACUCUCCAUCCUCAAAGUGAUAGAAUUUGGAGAACUAGAUAAGGCCACGGUGCGCUUCUUGCGCCAUGUGCUCACCAAACUGCUGAACGACAUGGAUCCCGAGGACCUCGCCGGCUUAUUCGGACGGAUUUCAGGAAUUCCCAAGCUAGGAAUGCUGCGGGAAGGCUUGAAGCUUUUCAUCAGCCACUUCCUGCUGAAGAACGCCAAGUCCCGGGGACCAGCUGAGCAAGCAGCGACUCUGUCAGAGCGCGCUCAGGUCGCCACGAAAGCCAUGGAGGCCAAGCUCAAACUGUAAAACACGACCACACACACACACACACACACACACAAGAAGCCCAACAGAUGUACGAAACCGGAUUGUGGAACAGAAGAAGACUUCGUCUCUUUACACAAAGAACCCAAACCUACAGUUUUCUUCGAUGAAGAAUAAAUGUGUUUUUGAAAUUAAAUUAAUGUUUUUUUUCGCUGGGGAGUCCUUGUACAUAAUUGUUACCACGACGAUUCUUUUUACUCGCGUCAGUCAUUGGGCCGUGUAUAUUAAUCUUAUUCAGUGCGUCUUGGUUGAGUCUAUUUUGCAAAAAAAUGUCAUAACAAUUUGAAAGCAAUACUGUGGAUGUUUUAUAUAUUUUCAUUUUUAUAUUUGUUCUCCCAAAUUUUCCAUGUGUCACAAUUUGAAAAGCAUCAAUCAAGGAAGCAUCAAUAAUUCCAGACAAAAGCUUUGACUCCUUUUUUAGAGAAAAAAAAUAUAUAUAAAAUAUAUUUUCCGACACUCA